CGAUUGGCUGCGGGCGGGGCGGAAGGAAGCGUUUCCCAGGAGACGGCCGGGCCGGAGGGGAAGGGAGGCGUGCGAUGGGGUUGCGGUGCUGGCUGCCGUGACCGGCGGAGUUUUUCCAACAAGAAGUAACUACUAACAGCAGCAGUACAGCAGAUUGUCUCUCUCCUCCAGUCUGGUUAUGCAGUAACAAUGGAGACUUCUGAUGAAGAAAACUUUGGUGUAGCCACCUCCUCCCCUUCUGAUGCAGAGUUUGAUGCAGUUGUUGGGUAUCUGGAGGAUAUCAUAAUGGAUGAUGAUUUCCAGUUAAUACAGAGGACUUUUAUGGAGAAGCACUACCAGGAGUUUGAUGACUCAGAAGAAAACAAGCUCAUCUAUACUUCUAUUUUUAAUGAAUAUAUCUCUUUAGUAGAGAAAUACAUUGAAGAAAAGUUGCUUGAUCGGAUUCCGGGUUUUAAUAUGACUGCAUUCACAAUGUCAUUGCAACAGCACAAAGAUGAAAUAGCAGGCGAUAUAUUUGAUAUGCUUCUCACAUUUACUGACUUUCUGGCUUUCAAAGAAAUGUUCUUGGAUUACAGAGCUGAAAAAGAAGGUCGAAGUCUGGAUUUAAGCAGUGGGUUAGUCGUGACUUCAUUAAACAAAUCAUCAAUAUCCUCCUCCUAGAACAGUUUAUGCACUACUUUCCUUCUCCAGAUGAGUGCUGCUGCUUUCAUUUGGACAUUAAAACACUAAAGGUCAUGGGAAUCAAGGUGCUCUUAUAUGAUGAAAACUCAUUCACCCUCCAGCCUAUACCUUCAGAGGCCUGAUCCUAAAAGCAUCUGUUUGUGAAUUCUGGUUGGUGUUCAGUGACCACAGAAGAUGACAAUUUCACCUCUACCAGAGUAAUUGUUUUUAAUAAAUACACAGUAUUUGUACACCAGCCUAACCGUUGCGCAUGCUGAGAAGCCCAGCACACUGAGAGGACAAUAAAUAGACCUGUGCGCGUGUUAUUUGGGUUGGCACCUUUUCCAUCUCCCCAAAAUGUAGAACUUUGCAGAAUCAAGAAGACAGUGUAAGAAGAGUAUGUCCCUCCGGCUCUUGGAAGGACAGGUGUGAAUACUGUCCUUUGAGUUCCUCCCCGUCAAUGUUUUGUUGUUUUGGGGUUUUUUUUAAAUACUUUAAUAUGAUCUGAAGUGCUACAGCUUUGUAAUGGAAGAAUAUGUUUUAAUAUGUAGGUGUUCUCUAGCAUAAGACUGUCUUGUGGCUCUGACAAUUGAUACAUUAGUGUGUAAAUCUGCUCUCCAGCAUUUAUAAUCUUAUCCUUAAUGUGCAAAGUUCUCCGAUUCACUUUUGUUCAGGCCCCAGCUAUUCAACAUUGGGAAAAAUAACCAUGAUAAACCAAAAUCUGGCUUGUGUAUGCAAUUUCUUUCUUUUCGGCAGUGGCACAGCUGUAUUAGUUCUAGUAAUAUAAGCUUGAUGGUAGGUUGGGCACAGACAUGUUUAGCACCAUGUCAUUUACUGCUCUAAAUAGCAUACUGAUUAAAGGGCGUGUUUUUGCUAUUAAACUGUAACUAGUGCAGCAAUGCAUUUUUCAGCAUCCGUUAAAAAAUAGAUGAGUAGCUCGCUGGUGGAGUUGUAGCCGUAAGCCUGUCACAAAACCCCAGGUGCAUCUCUGUUGGUGGUUGGAAUUAAACUGCAUGUGGAGCUACAGGGACCCUCUGUUCUUAUGCUGUUCAGACAGGUUAAUCUGCCACUUAAUGACGUGCUCGGGCAAUGUGAAUAAGUCUUCAAAAGCCUACAAGUAGGUAGAAACACAGGAUGGUGAGCAGAACCCUCCACUCUGUCCCACAGCAGGUUGAUGCAGCAGGGGACAUGGCCUUCAACAGCAGUGAAGGUGUUGAUCAGUGGCUGUCACCUGAUGAGAACCUGGCCUAGACAAAGGAAAACUAUGGCCAGGCCAUUGCAAAUUUUUGUUUGUGGACAAGAAAUGUCUUACAAAAACAAAUGAGAUGAAAUCCUGUUCCUAUUGAUGUCUGACAGUGAUUUCAACAGUACUAGGACUUUGUUCUUCAGCUGAAAUUUGAAUACCAGUAAGACACCUAGCCAUGCAGGCAAAAAUGAGCCAUAUUUCCACUACAAAAUACGAUAACGUUAAACAGGUUUGUGGACAGACCAUAAUGGCUUUUUAAAAGCUGGCUAUCAAUACUAAGUGUAGCAUCCUAGUAUUUUGACUCUGUGUACACCAAAUUUGCGAGUGCCGCAGUAAUUAAUCUCAUUAAGUUUCUAGUAUGUUGUACUCAUGGCUCUGCAGUUUUUUUGUCUGGAAUUAUUCUAGUGCAUUGAAAUCUCCCUUGUAAAGUGCACACACACAGAUACACACACACACACUUCCUUUUAAAAAAAAACCAAACCACCAAGCUAUUCCUUCAGAAGUUUUUUUAAUCUCCUUCAAUAAAUUUGUGCAUGUCAGAUUUGAAUGAUGAAAGCCGGAAGCUGGAGCAAAAUUGCAGGAACUGUCUUUGGGGUUUUUUUCUUUUUUAAAAAGGGGGUUAGAAAUCCUUCUGGGUGUGUUUUGAUCAGAAGCAGUUUUAUAGGCUUUCUGUUCCAGUGAACACCACCGAAGCUCAUUUUGAUUCUCUUUUCAGCAACAGUAACCUGCUAAGGCAACGUGAGUACAUCCCUAAAAAUGCUAAGUUGCAGUGCCUUGGUUUGAAACAUGUGUUCCUGAUCCUUCUGACAGCAGCAGAGUUGGUGAAGCUCCAUCAGCUGGGGUCACCCCACCAGGAUUCAUAGGUUUUUACAGGUCUUCCUACCACCCGUGCCAUAAAAAGCAGCUUUUCCUGUGAGCACAGAAGUUGGUGCUCAGGCAUGCGUGGGCAGUUAGUUAGCAAGCAGAGAUGAUGCUCUGAGAUGCUUAUUCCCAGAAAAAAAAAAAAUUAUGAAAACAUUGGGUUGUGUUUUUAAUACAAACUAGAUACAGCUGUCCUGCCAUGUGAACCCUGAGGUUAACAUCAGAGAAAUAUAAGGCUUAAAUCUCGUUGGUUUUCUACUGUCAGUGUAUGGACUAGAGUUCUUCGGUUAACUCCUUACCUCUUUAUAUAAUGUUGACUUUUUAAUGUCAGGAACAGAUUUUAUCAAAUUUUAAAACAAUCUUGCUGACAUUUUCAUUUUCAAUGGUUGAGCUAAAAUAGUGAUUUGUAACUAAAGCUAAAAAUAUCCCUGUCUUUUUUUUUUUUCUGAAAAAAGUUUUCAUUCUUUUCCUGUUGCAAUUGCUUUAAUUAAUCACUUAAUCUAAUGGCAGUAUAAAUGAGUACCUCAGGCAAUUAUUUUCUGAAGGGAGUUCUGUUGUAUUUUAAGCAAAGUCUCUUGUAAUUUCAGAGCCAACAAGGCGCAGUUGGGGAUGAAUUUGUACUCUGAUGGGGAAUUGUAUCUCAGUGUUUCCUGCAAUACCUUUCUGCCCUGUGCCACUGUCUUCUGUCUGUGUGUUUUCUGUGGGCUGCUGUUCCCAGAAUAACUUGUCCCUCUGCUAUACUCCUGUCACUUGUCCCUGGUUUGAUGCAUUUUCCAUCAGGCAGAGGGGCUUUUUAAAGAGAUUAAAUUUCUCUAUAUAUUGGA